AUGUCGGCCGAUCUUGAUCGAGACCCUUCCCCCGCCGACCUAGCCGAACGCGAACGCGAGAACAAGGAGCGCAAGGCCCGCGAGGAUGCAGAGCAGGCUCAGCUCCCCUACAAGUGGACACAGACCAUUCGUGAUGUCGAUGUGACAGCACCAAUCCCCGGCAAUCUCAAGGGUCGCGAUUUGGACGUGCUGUUGACCAAGAACAAAAUCCGUGUUGCGAUCAAGGGCCAGGAACCCCUCAUUGAGGGCGACCUCCCCCACCCCAUCCUUGUUGACGAGUCUUCGUGGACUCUCGAAACCACCCCCACCCCGCCCGGAAAGGAAAUCAACAUCCACCUCGACAAGGUGAACAAGGUCGAGUGGUGGCCUCAUGUCGUGACUACCGCACCCAAGAUCGAUGUCACCAAGAUCACGCCAGAGAACUCCAGCUUGGGUGAUCUGGAUGGCCCAACUCGCGCCAUGGUCGAAAAGAUGAUGUAUGAUCAGCGACAGAAGGAGAUGGGUGGCCCGAGCAGCGACGAGCAGCGCAAAAUGGAGCUGCUGAAGAAGUUCCAGGCUGAGCAUCCCGAGAUGGAUUUCUCCAACGCAAAGAUGGGUUAA